AUAAUUCUCUCAUUUCAGUUUUUUUCAAUCUCACUGUGUAUGAUUAGAUUUGACAGCUGUCUUUGAUGAAUCGGUUUUGUAAUAUUUUUUGAAUAUAAUUAAUCAGACUGUUGUGACCACUCAAAGAAGAUAUAUGUUUUACGUCAUAUCAUCCCUUCUCUGUUUAAGAUUUUACAGGUUUGGUGAUGUUCGGAACUGGUUAUUGUAUUGAAGUAGUUUUUUGAGUUUAGUAUUUUGCUAUUUAUUUGCUGUCAGACAAACAAACAUUUUUUAGACGGUGCAUAGAGGGCACUGUAUGUACUUCACAUUGUUGCUGGCUGUCACUCGAAAAAUUUGGACAAGUACUGUAAAUCGGAAAAUGAAAGUCAUACCUAUCCCAGCGUUGAGCGAUAAUUAUAUGUAUCUUUUGAUUGAUGAGGAGACCAGUAAUGCCGCUAUAGUCGAUCCGGUUAACUUGAAAGGCAUAAAUAAAGCCGUCAAAGAGACUGGUGUGAGGCUUACUUCUUCCCUGGUUACUCAUCAUCACUGGGAUCAUGCUGGUGCGACAAGAGAGCUUUCUGUUGAGUAUCCUGGGUUAUCCAUUUAUGGAGGUGAUGAUCGUAUUAUAGGUAUUACCAGUAAGGUGGGAGAUGGUGAUAUUUUCAAGAUUGGUAAAGUUAAUGUGAAGUGCUUAUACACGCCUUGUCAUACAACGGGCUCUGUCUGCUAUUAUGUUACCGAUGGUAAUGGUGAUAAAGUAGUUUUUACUGGCGAUACAUUGUUUAUAGGAGGAUGCGGACGCUUUUUUGAAGGUAAUGCCACAGAUAUGGAUUCUGCUCUAAAUGAAAAACUGGGCAGUCUGCCGAAUGAUACGAUGGUAUAUUGUGGGCAUGAAUACACUGUUGAAAAUUUAAAGUUCGCUCAUUCGGUUGAACCAGAAAAUGAUGAAAUUACGAAAAAAUUAGCCUGGGCGGAAGAACAACGGAAGGCUGGUAACUAUACGGUACCUUCUACAAUUGGGGAAGAGAAACGUUUUAAUCCCUUUAUGCGUGUUCGUAUAAGUGAUGAAUUGAGAAACGUAGCAAAAUCUGCAAAUCCCAUCAUUGUUAUGGCAAAGAUCAGAUCUAUGAAAAAUAAUUACCGUGCUUAAUAUAUUCUUUUUGGUUCUUACUUCGGGAUUCGACAGUUCAUGCCUACCUGCAUAAAUAUUUGUCUAGAAUUUAUGGAUUCGAUUGUUAUGUGAACCGCUGGAUUCCAUGUUUUCGCUGAAAUAUGAUGCAGAGUGUAAUGCUGAG